AUGCCUUCCACCGAACAGCCUCCGCUGCCCACACCGAGCUCGACCGGUGCCUCCGACCAGCGUCCUUCCAUCCCGCCCGAGCAUCUGAAACCCAACGCCUGCGUCAGUUGCCAGCGCCGCAAGGUCAAGUGCGACAGGACCGAGCCCUGUUCCUCCUGUAAGCGCUAUCGCACCCACUGCGAGUUCCGCGACCCCGCGCCCCGUCGCAAGCGUAAGUAUUCGGAAGAGGACCUGCACGCAAAGCUCGACCGCUACGAGAGCCUGCUCAACAGCUUUGGCGCCCGCGUCGACAGCAAGCCCGAGGCCGCCUCCACCUCCGGCCCCGUCUCAACGCCUUCUUCAGCCUUUACCCCACUGAAUGCCGCUCGAACAAACGGCGCCCAGACGGAGCCUGUCUCCAGGUCCCGUGAUGCUGCCCUGCCCGUGAGCUCUCCGCUGGCCUCGGCCCAAACUGCUGGCCCCGGAAGGCUAGUUUUCGAUAAAGGAAGCUCUCGAUACAUCGAGAGCAACCUUUGGAAGGGCCUCAGUGAUCAAUUCAAAGAUCCCAAGGAGAUGUUGCAAGAACCCCCUAAUGGCCAGCAGAGCAGACAGGUGCCAGCACCUGCCCCUGGCUCGUAUCAACUCGACGAAGGAGAGUUCGUUUUCGGUCUUUCCCAAGGCCAUCCCACCAGCCUCCGGGCGCUGCACCCCCAGUCUGCGCAAAUCUUCCUUCUCUGGCAGGCUUUCUUGGACAACGUCAACCCGCUCACCAAGUUGUUACACGCCCCGACGGUUCAACGCCAAAUUCUCCAGGCAUGCAGCAAUCUCGAGGAAGUAAGCCAAGAGUUGGAGGCUUUGAUGUUUGCCAUCUACCAUUUCGCCGUUGUUUCCAUGUCUCCCGAAGAAUGCCAGGCGACUCUCGGAGCAAGCAAGUCGUCUCUCCUUUCCAAGUUCCAGUAUGCCACUAAGCUCUCUCUCAUGCGCGCCGGCUUCCUCAAGUCAACCGACUUGGUGGUCCUGCAAGCCUACGUGCUUUACUUGUUGGCCAUGCGUCAAUACUACGACGUCCAAACCCUCUGGUCCCUCAGUGGCAUUGCAAUUCGCAUGGCCCAACGUAUCGGUCUGCACCGUGAUGGCAAGAGGUUGGGCCUGCCCCUUUUCGAUGUCGAGCUUCGUCGCAGACUCACUUGGCAAGUGCUGCCGCUCGAUGCACGCACAGCCGAGAUCUCCGGUGCCAACACUUCGGUAAUGAACCGGAUAUGGGACAAGGAACUCCCGCUCAAUGUUAACGACAGCGAACUCAAUCCGGACAUGAAGCAACUGCCCGUCGAACACACCGGGCCGACAGAAAUGUUCUUUUGUCUCUUGCGGUACCAAUUUGCAAAAACUAUGACUACCUCGGCGUUUUGGAGUCACGAAGAGUUUCCUGCGGACAAGCCGGAGGUCGCCAAAGCAUCAAUUGCCGAAAAGGACCGACUUGUUGACGAGUUGGAGCAGGUGCUCGAGGAUAAGUUCCUCAAGCACUGUGACGCUAGCAUCCCGCUGCACUACCUGACGGCCAUCGUCGCGCGUUGCGCUCUCUCCGUCAUGCGACUGAGGGCACACCAUCCACGGCAGUAUUCCGACCGAGGCGCCUCGUUGCCACAAGCAGAAAAGGACCUACUGUUCUCCAUGGCGCUCCGCAUCGUAGAACUGGACGUACUGGCGCAGAGCGAAAAGGCGCUGCAACGAUUCAUCUGGCAAAUGAACGCGCAGUUCCAAUGGGAUGGCAUCGUCGUGCUGCUGUCGGAGCUCUGCCAGCGCACCUCAGGCAAAGACGUCGACAAGGCCUGGUUCCAGGUAAACAAGUGCUUCGAGCACCACCCGGAGAUUACGAGCAGCCAUCAGACCAACCCCCUCCACCUCGGCGUGUGCAACCUCGCGCGCAAGGCCUGGAAGAUCUGGACCGGCGACCUCAAGCGCCGCGCGUGCCCCCUGCCCGAGCGCGGCACGUUCCCGGCUCUCGAGGCCCUCGUCGCCGAGGAUGCCGCCCCGCCUAGUCGUGACGGCGCGUCUCGCAAGUCGGGCAGCUCCCUGUAUCAGCAGCUGAAUUCGGCGGCGGAUAGUUCGUCCAGCCCGCUUAAUGAGCCGAGCCCGAUGGAUUGGGCUUUGUGGGAUGAGCUGCUUCAGGGGUGGGGCUUGCAGGUCCCGUUGGAGAACGCGGGUUUCUUGGGAUAA